AUGUCAAAUUUACAAUAUUUUGCCAAAUUGAAAGAAAUUUUGUUGACCUUGAGUAUUAAAAGAUUCCCUUUUUUUUCAGGUAAACCUCUGCCACCUCCAAGUAAACCUCAAGCCAGUGAUAUUACCCACAAUUCACUAGUGUUAACAUGGAAUGCAGCCAAACAUGACGGAAGUAUUUUAGCGUAUACCGUGGAGAUGUGUCACAUGUCUGACAAUCGUUGGUUAGUUCUGACCUAUAGUUGCCAAGGGUGUUUAUAUCAAGUUCGUAAUCUACAACCGGAUCAAAUCUACAAGUUCCGUAUCAGAGUCGAAAAUAUUUACGGUCUCAGUAAACCCAGUGCCGAGUCUGAUCCAGUGCAGACGCAUAUUUCA